CAGCAGCACGUGAUGAGGCGUGUUUACCUACGAUACAAUGUAGCGCCCAUGAAAGUGAGAUCAUCAACCCGUGUUAACCAACCUCAGAUAAAUAAAACAACACACCGUCGCGUACAGGGUUACAACCACUAACUGGACACCGGGGUCUUCGUAUACUACUAAUAACUGCUCUAUGCGUCUGGGAAAAGGGGAUGUGAGUGUGUAGCCUUCGGGUGAAAGAGCAACGCGGUAAAGAGUGAGCUCAUUCGAGGGACAGUGGACACCCAGAUGCAUUCCUAAAUCUGCUGCUGGCCUCGGUAUGGGCUUUAUAGAGGAGACCGAUGUAGAGCAGGUGACCCUGGCUCUUUUGGAUGCUGCAAAUGACAAGGAUCCGGUGGUGCAGGAGCAGGUCAGGAAGUCGAUCUUGACGCUAGGGAACCAACAGCCUGAUAAGGUCCUGUCCAUGUGCCAGGACUACCUGAUCAAACAUCCCAAGCUGGUGGUGGGGCAUAGAGUGGUGGUCUUGCAAACCAUUGAGUUGGUGGUGAAGAGCAGGAUUGAUGACAUCACUUACCCGAAAAUCAAGAAUGUCAUACAGCUGGCAUCAGAUGAGAUGACAAAAUCAAAGGACGUUGUCCCAGAAUGGCAGCAAGCAGCCAGUAAUAUUUUGGUUGCCGUGGGCAACAAAUAUAUCAAUGACAUUAUGGAGGAGAUUCUCAGCAAGUUCCAGCCAGGAGUUUUGCCGCACUUCUUUGUGGUCAAAACACUAGCCAAUCUGUCAGACUCGAACGUGUAUGGCAUGGUUCCUUUUCUCAAUGCUAUUAUGGGGACCAUGUUGCCCAUGCUGGGUAUGGCCAAACAGGACAACAUGAAAUGGGUUUUUUCUUCUGCGCUCUGCCGCUUCAGCGAGAGCAUUCUAGAGUAUCUGGCAAAUUUGGACAAGGCUCCUGACCCUACGGUACGCAAAGACACCUUCUCCAGUGAGAUCUACUCAGCCUAUGACAUCCUGUUCACCAGCUGGAUUCAGAGCCGAGAGCCCAAGCUGCGUCUCACUGUGGCAGAGGCCGUUGGGUCAAUGAGUCACCUGAUGGCUCAUGAUAAACUGGAAGAACAGCUUCCCAAACUUCUUCCUGCUAUACUUGGUCUCUACAAAAAGAAUCCAGAACACUACAUCAUUAGCAAGAGUCUAUGUCAGAUUCUGGAGGCCUCUGUGAAUAUGGGGAGCAGAGUGUUGGAGACUCAGAUUGAUGGUCUUUUACUCGCUCUGCACCAGCAGAUAUGUUCACCUGUGGACUUCAGCAACCCUCCAACUGUGAAAAAUCACAAUGAGGUCUUACGAUGCUUCAGUAUCCUUGCAAACACGUUCCCAGACCGUCUGAUGGUGUAUGUUCUCCAGAGGCUGGAGAACAGUAAUGAGAGGAACAGAAUGGGCUCUCUGGCUGUGCUCAGGCACCUCAUCAACUCAUCCACCUCCAGUAUGGAAACCAAGAAGCUUCUGAUUCUUGCCAGCCUUAGACAACCUCUGGCGGACCACAGCAAUAAGGUGAAGAAGAGAGUGGUUCAGGUGAUCAGUGCCAUGGCUCAUCAUGGAUAUCUGGAGCUGGAUGGAGGAGACAUCCUUGUUCGGUUCAUCGUCCAGCACUGUGCUCUACCAGACACUAACAAUCGUGGUCCGAGACCCCCAGAUCCAGAGGAUGUGACCAAUGAGGAUCUGCGGAGCAUGUGCGACAAUACACUGCAUCUUUUCACUACUACAGUGGGCCGCCUGACUGACGUUCUGUGGCCGAUGCUGCUUUACUACCUCGCCCCAAACCUAUAUGCCAACGCCACAACCCCCCUUUGCAAGAGUUUAAUCCUGCUGGCCAGUAAAAAACGAGCAGCACAGGAACCCAGCUUCAUCAUUGACUUCAGCGCACAAGGGUCCAGCCUUCCCUCACAGUAUAUUCUGAUGAUUAGACUCAUGGUUAACGCCGCAUUUCCGUUUCGAUGUCGUGGGCACGGCGCUCCCUCCCUGAGUCUGCUUAAUGCAAUCAGUCCUAACAUUCACCCCAAAACGGAAGCGUUUUGGGAAGACCAGAUUCCAAAGCUGCUCAAUUACCUUGAAGAGUCAACGAAAGAAUCAUUGGACCAAAAGAAUUGGGAGGAGAGUUUACUUCAGCUCCUGUCUAAAACUGUGGCAGUCAUUGAUGACAGCAGGUGGACCAAUCAGCUCGCAGUGGAGACCACACGAUACCUCCCGACUUAUAACAACUCACUGGAGGAGAAGAGUUUUUUGUAUAGGUGUGUUGGCGUGAUUCUUCAGCAGUGCUGUAAUAAAGAAUUGGUCAGGAAACAGCUACAAGAAAUCCUGAUCAGCGCUCGGCACAAUGAUGCGGUUGAAAGAACGGGUGUUGCCAUGGCAAUCGGUCUGUGCGCCAGCAACCAUCUUGAAGGCACUCUUGAAAAACUGCAGGAGUUUGGGAGAUCCGAUGCUUUCAGGAAAGCUUCAGGGAUAUUUGGUCUUCUCAAAGAUAAAAAUGAUGUUGAUGUGGAGAAAAUGAAAAGCACACUGAUUUUAUGUUAUGGAUAUGUAGCGUUACACGCACCAGAAGAUAAGCUCCUCACUCGCGUUGAUUGUGACAUUCUCCAUAACAUCUCCAAGCACUUCAACACAAAGGUUCUGGGAAUAAAAGUAGAGACCAAGGAUCUGACUAUGAAGCUCAGUCUCAUUCACAGCGUUGGACUCAUUGCCAAAGCCAUAAGCUCUUCUGUCCGAAAACAGGGCUUCCAGUUCUCCCGGAAACAGGAGCUGAUGGGUGUUAUGAUGGAUUUCAUCAAAGCCGAACCGGCAGAUGUCAUACGGACUCCUGUUCGCCAUCUAGUUUUGACCACAUGUGCCAACCUCAUAAAUUUAGACCCUCCUUUAACAGAAAAUGAAAACUUUGACUUGUUGAAAACGUGUUUGAACGGUGUUUAUGGGCUUCCUACUGCAGACACACCAGAUAAAGCUAAAGAUGAAGAAGCCCUUGAUCCACAACAGAAAGUGGUCUUGUAUACAGACACCUUUAACGCUCUUCAUGAAUUGCUGAGAAAUGUAUUACGUAGAGAUAUGAGUCCCGAUGGUCUUCAGUCCUUGUUCAAGCAUUUAGAGAGCUGGUUGAGCUCAGGGCAGGACCACGAGAGGGAGAGGGCAGUAAAGACCACCUCAGAGUUACUCAAGUUUUACUUGGACAAUCUCAAUGUGAAGAACUUAGUCACGUUCCAUAAUUUGGGCGCUCUUUUGGGACGUUUGGCCCCAAGGUGCACAGACCCAAAUCCUGAAGUGCGGCGGGCAGCCAUAGACUGUGUCUAUAGUCUACUCUACAUUCAACUGCGUUAUGAAGGCUUCUCAUUGGAUUACAAGGACGAUUCAGUCGAGAACUUGUUAGAUAUCCGCGAGAAACUAAACAAUCCUGACCAUUCAGUCUUGUACAAAACAUGCUCUGAGCUGACCAAGAUCAUCGGUAAGCGUCUUCCCCAGCCGCAGUUGAGCACCCUGCUGUUCAUGUUGUUCGAUGGUUUGGUGGAUUCUCAGUCCAACUGCUCAAGAGCUUCCAGCGUGAUCCUCAACACCCUACUGAAGAACAGAGGUGCUGGACUGCAGGAUCUGGUGCCAGAGAUGUUAGAAGUGUUACACAACCGGCUUCAGGUGAUCACUGAGGAGCAGGUGAAGGUGGCCGUCGGUCAGUCUAUCCUCAUCCUCGCCACACAGCAUCUGCAAACUCUUGUAAACACGCUUGUCGCCUACCCACUGCCUUACGACAGUUGGUGUUGUGAGAUGUGGGUGGCUCUUGGAGCAGACAGCACUUUGGCCCUGCAAAUCAUGGAGAUAAUUGUUGAGAAGCUGAACAUUAUGGUACCCUAUGUGGACAAGAAGGAGUCCAUGCUAAGGCCCGGCUUGACCAAAGUUGCCACAAGUCACCCGCUGGCUAUGACAUGUGCUCUCCGUGAGAUGAUGCUGAAUGGUCAGUCGGCAGACGCAGUGGCCGCUUUCUUUCCGAAGCUCUUCAGCGCUCUGCUUGUUCGUCUGGCAUCCAGCGUGGGCGUUCAGCUGCCCAAAGACCUCAACAGCAACAGCAUCAUCUCCGACCGCAAAACCACCAGCAAAAACCAAAUGGCUAACUUUGAUGUUUGCGGAGUGGCGGUAGAGGCCCUGCGGAUCCUGUUGGCUCGUGCUCAGCUGGACGCUGUCAUGAAACCAUUAGAUCAGGAGGGAGCCUGGGUCAAAAUGAAGGACCCACAGCAGCACACGACAGGUGUCACGCUGCUCGCCAGAGCAAUGGCAAAGCAUGCUGGUCCACGACUUCCUGCCAUUGUGGAGAGUCUCUGUCCUUCUCUCAAUAAUAUCUAUGAGUGCCAGAGGAUAACAGUCACAGCUUUCUUCUCUGAGCUGUUGAAUCACCACGUUGCAACGGAACUGAUGAUUUUGGACAUGUUAAUGAACAACAUGAUGGAGAGAAUAACCGACCCGUGCAGUACUGUCCGUAUGCUGGCGGUCCGAGGCCUGGGGAACAUCGCCGUGGGUUCACCCGAGAAGGUGAAUAAAUAUGCCAAGGAGCUUUUAGCAGCCAUGAGUUCAGGUAUGGAGGAGAAUGACGAUCCAGGAAAACAAAUCACACUGGAGGCCAUGUCGGGCAUGUCCAAGAUACUGCUUUACCUGGACCCGAAAAAUGUCCACUUGCUUGUGGUUUACAUCUUCAUGAAAAUCAAACCGUUUUUGGAGAAUGAGAACGAUGAGAUCCGAUGUGCUUCCAUUGUGCUCCUGGGGAACCUGUCGAAAUUCGGCAUGGGUGAGCCUGUCUUUAAGGACCAGAUCCACAAUGUUCUGGUCAGCCUGCUGUUGCAUCUCAGUGAUCCGAACCCUCAUGUGGUGAAGGCCUGUAAGUAUGCCAUGCGCGUGUGCGCUCCGGUCGUGGGUUCAGAACAGAUCUCCACCAUGUUCCUGAAUCAUCUCCAUGAGGACAAGGGUCUGCAUUACGGAGAGUUCAUCAAUGACCUUACCAAAUACCUGAUCCAGGAUUUUCCGAGCAUGCUGAACUUCUACCACAUCACAGUGAUUCAGUUUUUCAAGAGUAACUGGUCAGAGAUCAGAGCAAGUGCUGCCAUGUUCAUCGGGUUUUUGCUUGGGAACCUACCGGAGGAGCACUUCUCUCACAUGAAUAUGGGAUCAGUCACUAAGGGUCUUGUAAUGUUACUGCAGGAUCCAGACCCCCUGGUACGAGUUAAAGCCGCUGAGGCCAUGGGUCAUUUCCACUGAUGUCAUUUCGUUCUACAAUCACCAGAUUAGUCUAUGAAUUUUAAUGUUGUAGCAUUUGACUAUGGAGAUACACUUGAGUUAUUGUUCUAUAAUAAACCUUUAACGGUUUUUAUUGUCGACCAAAGACUGUGCAUUAGUUCUGUAAGAAUUCUGUAAGAAAAGAGAAGACAGUAGAAUACACAUAUUAAACUUAAAGCACUUUUAAGUAA